CCCAGGAAAACCAUAAUGGAGCUGCAACACAGCACCAAUCACAACCAAGUAUUGUGGAAAGAGGGUCAAUGGGAUUUAACAUACGACUGCUCGCUUUCAGUGAGCAGCACCACUUUUCUCAUUGUAGCAUACAGUACAGUCAUGGCAGUGGGUCUCAUUGGGAACUCUUGCCUGGUGUUUGUCAUCACACGGCACAAGGAGAUGCGCAACGUCACCAACGUGCUCAUCGCCAACCUGUCCUUUUCUGACAUCCUCAUGUGUAUUGUUUGCCUGCCAGUCACUAUUAUCUACACACUGAUGGACCAAUGGAUCCUAGGAGAGGCCCUCUGUAAACUCACACCCUUCAUCCAGUGUAUAUCAGUUACAGUUUCCAUUUUUUCCCUCGUCCUCAUCGCCAUGGAGCGAUACCAGCUCAUUGUCCACCCUACUGGAUGGAAGCCAAUAGUGAGCCAGUCCUACUUGGCCGUGGCUGUCACCUGGAUCCUGGCCUGCUUAAUCUCAGUGCCUUUCCUCUCGCACAGUGUACUUACCUUGCCUUUCCAGAACAUGAGCAUCCCCUUCCCUGUCAAUGACCACCCCGUCUGUAUGGAGCGGUGGCCAACGCUUAAAGAGCGGCGAGCGUACACCACCUCUCUGCUCAUCUUCCAGUACUUCCUUCCCCUCUUCCUCAUCAUGGUAUGUUACCUGCACAUCUACCUGCGCCUCAGGAGGAGGAAGGACAUGGUGGAGCGUGGCAGGAACACCACGCAAAAGAAAAACAAAGGCUCUACGAGGAUCAACAUCAUGUUAAUUUCCAUAGUGGUGGCAUUCGCCAUCUCCUGGCUCCCACUGAAUGUCUUCAACACAGUAUUUGACUGGAACCACGAGGCCAUCCCGUCCUGUAGCCACGAUAUCAUUUUCUCAUUCUGUCACCUCACAGCCAUGGUCUCCACCUGUGUCAAUCCCAUCAUCUACGGUUUCCUUAAUAGCAAUUUCCAGAAACAGCUUAAGUCUACCCUGUUGCGCUGUCGCUGCUGGGGGGUGGCAGAGAGGUAUGAGAGUGUUCCCCUCUCCACUGUUAGCACUGAGGUCACCAAGGGGUCGAUCUUGAGCAAUGGAUCUAUCAGCAUCAAUACUUAA